AUGAUGCUGCUGGCAAUGGAAGCAUCGAUCCUGUCGCGGGUGGAAGCAUCGAUCCUGUCGCGGGUGGAAGCAUCGAUCCUGUCGCGGGUGGAAGCAUCGAUCCUGUCGCGGGUCGAAGCAUCGAUCCUAGACGCAGUCGAACUCGAUGCCGAGGAGCUCCUUGCCGGCGAGCAUACUGAGCACGACGCUGCGGAUUCCAUUGACAACAACCAGGAUCGGCUUGUGGCCGGGGUGAUCCCGCUGAGAGAGUAUCAGAUCUUGAGCGCGCUCGUUAACGAGCUGAAGUCGUCGGCGGGGGCGGAUGCAUCAUCAGCAUCGACCGGCACUGAGGGACUCCAGCCGCAGGACAUGGUGGAGAUCGGAGGCCACUCCGAGUCGAAUUCCUGCAAGUGCUGCAAGCCGUGCCUCUCGCUCUCGCUGAGUGCGACCAUCCAUCGGCUCGGCAUUCACUCCGAGUUCCUGUGUCCGAUGUGCUCGCAGGUGCUCGACCGCGAAUAUGCGCUGUCGCAGCUGUCGGAGCAAGAUCGCGCCCAGUACCAUGCGUGGCACGCGGCCGCGGAAGAGUCGAUAUUGGCCUCGGAGCUUGCUGUCCUCGGCCGCCGGCUAGCAGCCGCGCACACUGCUGUUUCCAAGGCCUCGCUACCGGGCAAGCUCCUUGCCCCGGUCCGCUACGCCGCCGCGAUCGCCAGCUGGCUUCUUCCAUCGAUGUCGGAUGUGUGGAAGGCAGUGUGGACCCGUCGCUGCCCCGGAUGCAAGGCGCCGGUCUACAAAGACGGGGGAUGCUCACACAUGACGUGCGGCGUCUGCCGAACCCAAUACUGCUGGUUCUGCUCCUACUACAAUGCUGAUGCGCCUGCUCAGUACUACGGCGGCCACUUUUGCUCGAUCUACGGCGUCCUCACCUCGAACGGCAUCUUUGGCCCAUUGUACGUCUUUCUCGGCGCAUCGAUCGGGUACUACCUGCUUGCUGAUCCGGUCACCAGAGCCGUGAUUUAUCUCCACAGCAUCCUAGGCUAUCUUCCGGGCUACGCCACUCUCGCCGAAGUGGUUGUUGCGCCUGUCGCGGCCACGGCGGUGACCAAGCUCACCGCAGCUGCUCGCCUUGCCAGUGCUGCACUACCGAGCCCGAUCACCAGUGCAUUGGUCUCCGCCACGAGCUUGAGUCUCAAGGGCAUCACGCUAGGCUACACCGCCACUGCAGCAGUGCUCGACACCUCCAGUCUGGUCUUUAUCGCCACGCCUGCACGCGUCGCCCGCGCCACCGCUGCCUUUGCCUGCCAGCGGGUCCUCACCCCCAUGGCCUAUUUCGCUGCCACAAGCCUGCACACUGCGCUUCUGGCCGUCCUCCCAGCCAUCUUGUAG